AUGAUGCGUUUAAAGAUAGAGGCAAGUGGAUGGCCUGGUAGCGUUCUGCACCCUGAAAAUACUGACUUAGAAGAAAGGCUAAAAAAUGAAUUUAUUGAUCUAAACCAAAAAGAAUAUGGUAUCAGGCUUGAUCCUACAAGAAUGGAAAGAAAUGAAGGAAUGCGUUAUUUAGCAAAAACAUGCAAUAAUUCCAUGUAAGUAAAAAUAGGAAAUAAAUACAUGUUAUUCAGGUGGGGACGUUGGGCACUUCGUUGCAAUUUGACUCAAGAUUGUAUUACUAAUUCACCAAUUAAACUACAUACAGUUCUCAAUGAUC